UGUAAUAGUUGAUCUUUAAAACUUAUUUAUUUUCUUUUUCCUUUUUCAAGUUUAUCAUGUCCUUUGUUCCACUCUUAUAACAUCUUUGCUUUAAGCAUCUAGUGCUGUUUUCCCCUCCUUAAGUACAAUCACCAUACAUACUCACACACACACACACAUAUAUAUAUACACUCAAGUAAGCUAGAGAGCCAUUGCCAUUUCUCUUAGGCUAUAGGCUCUAAUGGGUGUUCCUCAAAACCAAACACAAACACCACUUUCAGCUCCUCACCUUUAUCCACGAGCACUUCAACUGAAACUCUAUCAGGCUUUCAUAUUUUCAAUUCCCAUCCUUUUUUCAAUAAUCCUCUUCUUAUUGUUUUACUUGUUUUAUCUCAAGAGAAGAGCUACCAAUAUAUCAAACCCUAGGCCUAUUCUUCCAACAGCUACUACUUUUAAUCCCUCACAGCAGCCUUGUCAAUUGAGUUUAAAAACUGGGUUCAAAGAUAAGUUGCCUACAGUCUUAUUUGAUGAAGAAUUGAGGACAAGGGAUACACUAUGCAGCGUUUGCUUAGGUGAAUUUGAGAUGAAAGAGGAACUGCUCCAAGUCCCAUCUUGCAAACAUGUGUUCCACAUCGAAUGCAUGCAUCGUUGGCUACAUUCUAAUUCAACUUGUCCACUUUGUAGAUGUUGUGUUGCCGUUAGUGUUAUUCCCAUCUCUAAACUCCAUCCUCCGUUACCAUUUAUCCACACUGACCCCCCUCCGCCGCCGUCAUCACCGCCACACCAACAAAACAUCUUGUCUUAGCCACAACUUGAGUUACAUCGACAAAGCAUGCCCCUUUGUUGGUAUACAUAAUUUGUUUCAUUUAUUAAAUAAUAGUUAAUCGCAAAUCAUACGCGCACAAUUCAUCAGAGAAUAAAACGACACCGACAAAUCAAUAAGUUACUCGUCUAGUGAUAAAAAUUACUUGCAAAGAUUCAAGUUUCAAAGUUGACAUUAAUGUCUAGAGGUUCAAAUCUUGUAAUUUGAAUGUAAAAAAAUGUUGUUACUCCUUAUACUUUGACAAAAUUAGAGAUUUAAUCUAUAUAUUUUAAAAAAUUAGAAA